AGGACUUAUUCACCCCGUGAAGUUUGCAGAACCUUACAGCCAGUCUCCGCCACCAGGGAGCUCACUUCUUUCAGCUUUUCUGAGGUGCAAAGUCCACUGUCACCAUGUCUGACACUGAGGAAGUUGAACAGGUAGAGGAUUUCGAGGGGGAAGCCGUAGCCGAGGAGGUAGUAGAAGUAGAGGUGGCUCCAGAGGCGGCCCCCGAGGCAGAGCCUGAGGCGGCCCCAGAGCCAGAGCCUGAGGCAGCCCCAGAGCCAGAGCCAGAGCCAGAGCCAGAACCAGAGCCAGAGCCUGUGGUAGCCCCAGAGCCAGAGCCAGAGCCAGUGCCAGAACCAGAAGUGGUGCAUGAGGAAACGCAUGAGGAAGAGGCCUAUGAAGAGGAAGUCGAGGAGGGAGAACAAGAUGAGGAGAAGCCCAAGUUCAAACCCAGUGCACCUAAGAUCCCUGAGGGAGAAAAAGUGGACUUUGAUGACAUUCAGAAGAAACGUCAGAACAAGGACCUCAUUGAGCUGCAGGCUCUGAUUGAUGCUCACUUCGAGCAGAGGAAGAAGGAGGAGGAAGAGAUCAUCGCCCUCAAAGAGAGAAUUGAGAAGCGUAGGGCUGAGAGGGCAGAACAGCAGAGGAUCCGGGCUGAGAAGGAGAAGGAGCGCCAGGCGAGACGUGAGGAGGAGAGGCUGAGGAAAGAGGAGGCAGAUGCCAAGAAGAAAGCUGAGGAGGAGGCCAAGAAGAAGUCAGCCCUGUCCAACAUGGGUUCCAACUACAGCAGCUAUCUGCAAAAGGCUGACCAGAAGAGAGGUGGGAAGAAGCAGACUGAGAGAGAAAAGAAGAAGAAGAUCCUGGCUGAGAGACGCAAGGCUCUGAACAUUGACCAUCUGAAUGAGGACAAGCUGAGGGAAAAGGCUAAGGAGCUGUGGGAAUGGAUGCAAACCCUGGAGUCUGAGAAAUUCGACCACAUUGAGAAGCUGAAGAGGCAGAAGUAUGAGGUUACAACACUACGUAAAAGAGUUGAGGAGCUGAGUAAAUUCAGCAAGAAGGGAGCCGCAGCCCGCCGCAGAAAGUAAAUCGACCGUUGAGGAGGCCUCCGCCCCGGCGCACUCCCAUCCUGCAGCCUGGAGCCCGGACCACUUUCAUGGGGGACGACGGCCCGCCACAGCGAACUACAUCACGGCUAGAGCCAUGGCACGGAGACGACUCACACUUGAUUUCUUACCGUCCGAUCCGUGUCACGUAAAAUCCAGCAUGAAAGCCUCUAUUUGUUGUCGUAGAAAUAGCCGCAGUUGUGCCUUCUCACACUGGACUGUUGUUCGGUUCUCAAUAUUUUUGUAAAUAAAGUGUGACUCUUCAGCCUUGUCUGUAGGUCAAUUAUUGUUCACAUUUCAAUAAAAAUUCGUCUUCUUAACCACGUACUUUAAA